CCGUACUACGACCACAAACAAACCGCGAAGCUCUGCGCGCGCACGAAUUUCUCUUCGUAUCCAGACCGGCGUCCGUUCCUCCUCAGCGCUUCAGCUCCCCUCGCCAACUUCAUUGUGUAUUUCCUUCAUCAAACUUCACGACUGCACACCUCCGUCGUCUUCGCCGCCACUCUCGCUGUCCUCCAAUGCUUACAAGCACGCUUCCCAGCCGCACGAGGGUCGUCAGGCCAUCGACUAAUC